CCCAGGUAUAAGUUUAGAGAUGAAUCAAUACAUUGUUGUUAAUUAAUCGCCUUUAAAACCAUGCCAGCUCCUUAAUGGCUCGUGUGUUGUGUCACCUUUAUGCAAUAUUUAAUCAUUCUGUAAGGACAUACCCUUAAAUCGUGCUGUUAUUAUCCGUUUCUAAAUUAGGGUAACCUUGAAUUACUUAUAGCAACAGAUAUGCAUCGCCCGUGCAUGAACUAGAGCUAGUUGGUCGAGUUUCAUAGCUGUAGUUUAGCCCCGCCCACCAGCAAAUCUAACUCUCCAGUGUAACCUCUGAUUGGCUGUGGGGAUUGCGGGUCCUGAGACUGAGCGCGAGACACUGAGUUGUGCAGUCGACAGUAUGCGCUGAAGAUGCGCGCCGUCCGUUUACUUCACUGAACCACGAAAACUAUAUCAAGACCUCUUAUAUAGCUGGAUAUAGACUGGACGCUUAUAUUACGAAGAAACGGUUCUUGUUGCACUUACAAGUACUCCAUCGAUAUUUUUCUGUGUUUUAUAUGGAUUUUGUUUUAUUCUUUCUGGACUAAGAGCAGCUGAAAUACCUUCAUAUAAUAGAUGUACGUUGUUGAGCGUAAUCUCCAGGAUCUUCAGUGGACACCCACCGAUUGCACGACUAGGAGGAAUAUCACAGAAUUGUGGACUAAAUUAGAAUUAAUAUUGGUUCACCACUGUCGUUCCAGUUUCAGAAACUGAUCGAUUUCCUCGCCCUAUUACAUUUUCUCACUGCUAUUGGAAUCUCUGUGAUUUGGAUAUGUGUAUGGACAUUAAUGCGGAUCAAGGAGGAAACAUCCUAACUUCACAUCAUUAUAUGGAUUGAUUGGACAUAAGUGUUUUUUAAACUCUAAUUUAUUCCGAGUGAACGAAUGCAUGUCACGAAUCAUGAUAUCAAGAGGAAUCGAUUUUAAAUCGGAGUCUUAUAAUUUCUGUCUUUCAUUCACAAACUGAGGACCUUCCAGCGGACAUUUAUAUUUGAAUUCAAUCUUUUUUUCUCUCACCGCCUCAAAAUGGUCGGUUUACAUGUCGAUUACCAUGAACUACGCAAAUGUUCAUGUUGAAGCCAUGUUUUUCGUUCACUAUGUUUUCACAUUCGUCAAAUGAAGAAUUAUUGAUUUUUUUAUUUUUAAAAUAACGCAAGACAUGAUAAGAUUUUAGUGAAGUAAAUCGGAAGUUAUCAACUGCGAAAUCAGUAAGUCAGAUGAAUUUCGUCGCAGAUAUAAACAUUUUCGUUCAUUUUAAAGGAUGUCUACCAGACUGUGAUUUUAUUCACUUGACUUGUUUGGGCUUUUUUACGUCGUGCCAAAUGUGCAUAGGUUUAAAUGUUAAUAAAUGGUCACGCAAAUAAGCGCGUGAAGACAUACAUCAACAGGUAUAAUGCAUUCAAAGGACAUGGAUUUCGUACAACUGUUUUUGUGCUUUCUUUUGUGCUGGACGGGAGUCGAUGCAGUUUUUAAUUUGAAAUAUACCGUGGAAGAAGAGCUGCGCGCAGGGACGAAGAUCGCGAACGUGACAGCAGACGCAAAAGUUGCGGGUUUUGCACUGGGAACCCGACAGCCGUAUUUGCGGGUAAUAUCCAAUUCCGAGCCGCGAUGGGUUAAUCUGAGCCCCGCCGGACUGCUCAUCACAAAACAAAAAAUUGAUCGGGACGCUGUUUGCCGACAGACACCGAAGUGUUUUAUCUCUUUAGAGGUGAUGUCGAACUCGAUGGAGAUCUGCGUGAUUAAAAUUGAGAUUAUCGACGUGAAUGAUAACGCUCCCCGCUUUCCCACCAACCACAUUGAUAUAGAAAUCUCAGAAAAUGCUGCUCCCGGUACCAGAUUUCCCCUAGAGGGGGCAAGCGAUCCGGACUCCGGGAGCAACGGCAUUCAAACCUACACCAUCACCCCCAAUGAUAUUUUCGGGCUUGAGAUAAAGACGAGGGGAGACGGGUCUAAGAUCGCAGAGCUAGUGGUGGAAAAGACUUUAGACAGAGAAACGCAGUCCCGUUACACGUUUGAACUCACGGCUGAGGACGGCGGUGACCCCCCAAAAUCUGGCACUGUGCAACUUAACAUCAAAGUCAUUGACUCGAACGAUAACAACCCAGUUUUCGACGAGCCAGUAUACACCGUAAACGUACUGGAGAAUUCUCCCAUAAACACUUUUGUCAUAGACUUGAAUGCUACGGAUCCAGAUGAAGGAACCAAUGGCGAGGUGGUUUACUCAUUCAUUAACUUUGUCUCCAAUCUGACCAAACAGAUGUUUAAAAUCGAUCCCAAAACAGGUGUGAUAACUGUAAAUGGCAUUUUGGACCACGAAGAACUGCACGUCCACGAAAUAGACGUGCAAGCCAAAGAUCUGGGUCCGAACUCAAUCCCUGCCCACUGCAAAGUGAUUGUCAAUGUAAUAGACGUGAACGACAACGCACCAGAAAUCAAACUUCUGUCGGAAAACAGUGAGAUGGUGGAGGUGAGCGAAAACGCGCCUCUUGGAUAUGUAAUAGCCCUGGUGCGCGUCUCAGACAACGACUCGGGCGCGAAUGGAAAAGUGCAGUGCAGACUGCAGGGUAAUGUGCCUUUUAGACUCAACGAGUUUGAGAGCUUCUCCACCUUACUUGUUGAUGGCCGCCUGGACAGGGAGCAGAGAGAUAUGUACAAUUUGACCAUAUUAGCCGAGGACAGCGGGUACCCCCCACUCAGAAGCUCAAAAUCGUUUGCGGUUAAAGUAACCGACGAAAACGACAAUCCCCCGUACUUUACCAAACCACAUUAUCAAGCAAUGGUCCUCGAAAAUAACGUACCGGGUGCGUUUCUGCUGGCGGUGUCCGCAAGGGACCCUGACCUGGGCAUGAACGGCACCGUGUCAUACGAAAUCAUUAAAUCCGAGGUGCGGGGGAUGUCUGUGGAGUCCUACGUUACAGUCAACUCUAAUGGUGAAAUAUACGGGGUCAGGGCUUUUAACCACGAAGAUACGCGGACCUUUGAGUUCAAAGUCUCCGCAAAGGAUGGGGGAGAUCCGCCAUUGACCAGUAACGCCACCGUGCGCAUCGUCGUGCUGGAUGUAAAUGACAACACACCUGUAAUGACGACCCCGCCGCUGGUUAACGGCACCGCGGAGGUAUCCAUUCCCAAAAACGCUGGAGUUGGUUAUUUGGUUACUCAAAUAAAAGCUGACGACUACGACGAGGGGGAAAACGGAAGAUUAACAUAUUCAAUUUCAGAGGGAGACAUGGCAUACUUUGAAAUUGACCAGAUAAACGGCGAGGUGCGAACCACAAAGACGUUUGGGGAAAACGCGAAACCAUCCUACCAGAUUACAGUUGUGGCGCACGACCAUGGCCAAACUUCUUUAUCCGCCUCGGCCUAUAUUGUCAUAUAUCUCUCCCCUGAUAUGAAUACACAGGAACAAAUCGGACCCGUCAACCUGUCGCUCAUCUUCAUCAUUGCCCUGGGUUCAAUUGCGGUCAUCCUGUUUGUCACAAUGAUCUUUGUGGCAGUCAAGUGCAAAAGGGACAACAAAGAAAUCCGAACAUACAACUGCAGUUUCUUGUACCUGCGCAGGGUGGCGGAGUACUCCUACGGCAACCAGAAGAAGUCCAGCAAGAAGAAGAAGCUGAGCAAGAACGACAUCCGGCUGGUGCCACGGGACGUGGAGGAGACGGACAAGAUGAAUGUGGUGAGUUGCUCGUCUCUCACCUCUUCGCUCAACUACUUCGACUACCACCAGCAGACUCUUCCACUGGGCUGCAGGCGCUCCGAUAGCACCUUCCUCAACGUGGAGAACCAGAACUCCAGGAAUGCUGCACCCAACCAUGGCUACCACCAUACCUUCACAGGGCAGGGCCCUCAGCAGCCUGACCUCAUCAUCAACGGCAUGCCACUGCCCGAGACAGAGAAUUAUUCCAUUGACUCCAGUUAUGUGAACAGCAGAGCUCACCUAAUUAAAAGCACAUCAACAUUCAAGGACAUGGAAGGAAACAGUCUGAAGGACAGCGGGCACGAGGAGAGCGACCAAACCGAUAGCGAACACGAUGUUCAAAGAGGACACUACGCCGACACGGCCGUCAACGACGUGCUGAAUAUGACCGUACCUCCGAACAACUCGCAGUUACCCGACCAAGAUCAGUCUGAGGGAUUCCACUGCCAAGAUGAGUGUCGAAUCCUGGGCCACUCGGACCGCUGUUGGAUGCCGAGAGUGCCGAUUCCGGCAAGAGCGAAAUCUCCCGAACACGGCCGCAACGUCAUCGCUCUGUCCAUUGAGGCCACCACCGUAGACGUUCCACAUUACGAGGACUGCGGUACCACCAAAAGGACUUUUGCCACCUUUGGCAAAGACGGGCCGGAUGAAGAACGGGGCGAACAGAGGGGCAGGCGGCAAACGGCAGAGCCGGCCGUCUGCAGCCCCAAGACCAACGGCGCUGUGCGCGAGGCCGGAAACGGUCGAGAGGCCGUCAGCCCCAUCACCUCCCCUGUGCACCUGAAGAGCCCCCAGUCUAAACCACCCUCCACCUACAACACGCUGAAGUGCCGGGACGCGGAGCGCAUAGCCAAUCAUAGCCUGCUGAGGCAACCGGAGGGUAAAGACAGUGAGUCGCCCAUGCGGGAGAUUAACACGCUCCUGCAGGACGCCCGUGACAAAGAGUCCCCCGGAAGUAAACGCCUGAAGGACAUUGUGCUUUAAGUUGCUUCCACGUACACACAGACAGCAUACGCUAUUACGAGUGUAUGUUUACGUGUAUGUAUGUACGUGUAUCCGUGUGAGUGUCGAGCUGUCUGGGCUGGGAAAGGAACACAUAUGCAGCACAAUGUAUUCCCACGAGGACGUAGUAACGCGGAGGCUGAACAAACUAGGCCGAAAAUGUGUCUGCAGGCUCACACUGUCAAUGUGGCUUGGUAGUAACAACAACGCUUGUAUGUUUGUCGCAAUCAUCUGUCCGCAGUGGACAGGCUGGUUACUGUGUACUGCGUGACAUGCUCAACCCUGCCCUCGCGUUUUACCCUUACAGGAGAAAGAUCUCCCAGCGUACGACUGGUGACACUUAAAUACAGUCAUGCCUUGUAAACUCUUAAGAGACUUCUUUCUAAUAAUGCCUUCUUUGGUAUGCAGUUUUUGCUUCAGCUGCCAAACCGCUCACUGUUCCCAUAGAGGACGUGGGUCCAUCCGAUGCUACAGACAGUGACUUACGUUAACAGGACUCUUGCCGUCCAACUGCGCUCACACGCCGUCGUCUGGUUUGCGGGACAAUGCACAGGAACGCUCCUGCAGAUCUCAUUUCAUUUCAGUGGCUUCUCACUGGUCUGAUAAGACAACCUUCUCCGUUUCCCCGAAGACAUUCCAGUGUCAGAAAAUCUUGAGGUCGUUACAGUGCUUAUUUUUUAUCAAAGAUGGAGCUAAAUGAAGUUGCGCUAUCAGCUAAAGCUCACCGGAAAACUGGAAUAGGGAGAGAUCAAUCCCUGAGACUUACAGUCAGAUAUAAAUAUAUAAAUAUAUAUAUGGAUAAAAAUCGGACUCGUUGCUUUUCAAAUCUCCUGUGCCCUUUCCUGAUUGUAGCCAGUGGAGCGCAGUUUACUAGAACUUUGUGCUCUGGUCUUGUACUUUUUUGGAUUUUGACUAUGGGGCUAGGAUAGAGGGGUCGUCACUUACGUCUUGCUAUGUGAAACUCUGUUUAGGGUUUACUACUAUCAUUUUUAAUAAUCUGUUGUUAUGUGACAAUCCCUUUAAUGUUUUGUUGCGAAAGUAAAAAUGGAAAAAAUAAACAUUGGUGUUCAAUUAAAGCUACAGUAGCGUUUGUACACAAACACAAAAAGGAAAAAAACAUAUAUGCCAAAAUAUAUUUUAUAAAUAAUUUAAAAUGUAUAAUGAGAAUAUUUAAUGCUGUGUAGUUAUUUUAUCAGUAAGUUAUACUUGAAAUUAACUGGCUUUCUUUUCCUUAUUUUUCCCCUCUUUUUUAUUGACUAUGUUAGCUUUUUUCAAAUUGAUCUUGAAUUAUUUUUGUUCACUGUGUUACCCCUGGCAACUGUUGAUUGCAGUCUACCUUGUUGUAAAAGUUUCUUAUUGGUCAAUUCUUGUGCCAUCAAGUUUCUGUGUGGGCAAAAAAGACGAAAAAUACAAAAAAAAAUACAAAAAAGAAUAUCAACACCUACAGUAGUGUGUCAGUACAACGAGCAUAGAGUGAGAUAGCAAGAACAAAGAAACCAAAAACUGCAACAAACAUUAAACUUUCAAGAUAACACGUCGUUGUUUAUUCUUGAAUCUCGAGUAAGAGUAACACUAUAAUUUCAAGUCACAUUCAUGGUGGUUCCACUCAUUUCUGAAGAUAAGAGGUGCUAAAGCUCUAGCGCCGUCUAAAAGCAUAAGGCAAACCCUCCUGUUGCAAACACAGAUGCUUGUAAGACAGACUUGCUUUGCUUUCUAGCAUCAAGUACAGCCCUCAUUCAUUUUCAAGCUCAUUUUAAAACACUGGCCCAACCAAACAGAACAGAACAAACAGGAUGAUAAAUGGAGGGUCUAAAGUAAUCCCCAUCAGGGGUUAUCAGUUUUUUUUGCAAUACUUAUUUUACAACCUGGACAGUACAAACAGCGGCAACGUGUGAAAAAGAUCUAAUGGCUGAAUGUUUUUUGCUGGUCUCACCAAACAGCUUCUGGCAACAUGAAAAACGGAUUUAUCACUGAAUGUAUACUGCAGCUUAUUAUUAAACUAUUAAAUGUUCUCCACGUU